CAAGUGUAAAGACUACAUUCACUGCUCAAGCUGCUGCUGGAUUCAGUGGGAGGAAGACUGCUUUAACUGACAUUUACAAUUACAAACCGCCAACAGUUCUUUUAAACUUUUAGGCUACCUGUUUAUUUUCUAAGUGGAGUAUCUGCCUGCCAUGGAGGAAACCCUUAAUGCCACCACUCAUCCAGCGUGUUUACAGGAGCCCCCGCUGGCUAUCGAGGUGAUACAGUUACUAGAUAUGUUUGGAUUUUGUCUGUACUCCAUCCUCACCUUCAUGGCUGCUGUGUCCCUGCUGCUGUACCUGGAGCUGUGCGUCUAUAUUUAUAAAAACCUGUCCUAUCCCAAGAAGACCACCAUCAUUUGGAUAAGCGGUGCAGCACCAGUAAUUUCCACAAUGGCCUGCUUUGGGAUGUGGAUACCAAGGGCAGUCAUGAUCACCGACAUGACGGCUAACUGCUAUUUUGCAGUUGUGGUCUACAAGGUCUUGAUGCUGAUUGUCCAGGAAUUUGGGGGCUGCAGUGAUUUUGUGGGGCGGUUUUCUGGUAAAAAGUUCAAGAUCAGCACAGGGCCAUGCUGCUGCUGCUGCCUCUGUUUACCUCACGUGCCCAUGUCACGGCGAAUGUUAUUCGUCCUGAAGUUAGGUGCUCUUCAGUAUGCAAUCUUGAAAACAGUGCUCUCUGUCGUCUCCAUAGUACUGUGGACAAAUGGCAACUUUGAUCUUUCUGAUCUCGAGAUCACUGGUACAGCUAUUUGGAUUAACCCAUUCGUCGGUGUUCUCACCAUUGUCUCCCUUUGGCCUGUUGCCAUCGUCUUCAUGAACACUAAGCACCUUUUACGCACCCUCAGUAUUGUACCCAAAUAUGCUAUGUACCAACUAGUACUUGUACUGAGUCAGCUGCAGACAUCAAUCAUUAACAUCCUGGCCUUGGAUGGAACCAUCGCCUGCUCGCCUCCCUUCUCUUCUCAGGCUCGUGGAUCCAUGCUGAGUCAGCAGAUAAUGAUCAUGGAGAUGUUCAUCAUCACUCUGUUCAAUCGGUAUUUGUAUCAUCGUAAAUAUGACCCAAUUCCCAAUGAAGCACAUGACAACGACCAGAACAGCAAAGUUUCCCCGCAGGCUGCUCUCGUGGAGCAUGAUGUCUAAUAAAGGAAACAGUGAAACAGGGGAAGUCAACACUUACGCACUGAUGCAUAAGAUCAUAAGUUAGGAGAUCAUUUUAUAGUCAGACCUUUUUACUGGAUUCAUUGGUUGUUUUGUUGACUUUCAAACCAAUGUUUUGUAUUUUUCACAGUGCAUUGCUAUUUAAUUUUUCAUUGUGUGCUGGAGAAAAAUCUAUAAUCUACUUUUCACUUUUCUUUUUUUUCUUUUUUUUUUACAGUAUCAAAAAACAGGAAAUAUAUUCUAGACCUGGGAUAUUGGUUUUUAAUGAAAUAUCUAGUUUGUAUGUACUUUGAGUAAGAAUUAAAAGUCAUACCUCUCCAUUACACUGGAGGCUGAGAGUUUACACUAUGCCAUGUAAGCCGUGGCCAGUUAGCUUAGCUAGUGUAAACACAGAAAAUAGCUUGUUAGUCUCUAUCUGAAAAUGGCUAACAAGUCCUUUAAGGCUCACUAAUUAACACGUUUCCAUUUCUUUAAUUUGAACAAAAACCAAAGUGUUAAAACAAUGCUGCGUCAUAUAUAUGUAUGUUGUACUGCAACAGGCAUACAAAGGGUGAAUGUUUGUAAAUUUAGUAAAGGGAUGCUUAGGACUACAUGUAUGCAGGACUAUGAAUUUUUUUCAGAAUAAAUGAAAACACAAUUAUUAUUAUGAAUGUGUCAGAAGAGAGAGAUGCACAUACUGUACAUGUUGGUGUUUAAGUAUGAGCCAUGGCCUCUGAUGUAUAUGUUGUUUGUGGAAAGUAAAUACUAACUCAGUAUUCAGUUCAUUUUUAUGUAUGCACACAAGUUGCAUUUGUUAACCUAUACUGGGCAUCUAAGAAACAAAGCAUAAACACUUAAUAAAGAGACAUUUAUUCUGUUA